AUGGCCGCACGGAUCAUGGUUAGGAAUCUGAAUUCGCCCGAGCGAAAGACCCUAAAGACCCAGAUCGAGAUCCAACGAAAUGCCCUCAAGCGCUCAAAGCAGAAGGUUGACUACCUGCACGAGCUCGACAGACUCUGGGGCUCCCGCGAUGCCUGGCUCCCGCCGAGGUACCGUAGCAAGCGGAAUGAGACUCCAGGCCUCAACAUUGUUGUCUAUCUCCGUUCUAUUACUCAAAAGGCACUAAAACUCGGCAUUCCACUUCCGUCGCUCUGGGAAGACGGGGGAGCCCUUCUUGAAACCUCUAGGCAUCAGGCUGGAAACAAUCCUCCUAUUCUGAAUGCUAGGUCCGCCGAGGUGGCGAAUAGAGAAUUUUCUCGCUAUCACAGCACCUCCGAAGACGACCCGUCUGCGACAUCGAGCGACAGGGUCACCGAGAUAGGAGACCCGCCAGCGGAGAUCAGUCGGCACGGCUUUGCCCAGGAGCAUCAUCAGUCAUCGCCCUCGCCUCUUUUCAACUCUGACAGCGACGAUGGCGACUUCGGAGCCUUUGGUGGGGUUACAGACUUGGAUUUCGACAGUGAUGGUGGCCCUGGCGACCUUGAAGAUGAAAUAAAGUUCAACGCGGCCGAUUUGUCGCUUGUCUCUCUGUCCGCGGUCGAUGAGAACGCAGCCCCCACACCCGAGGCCACGCCCGGUAUCGCUCUCAUCGCCCAAGACGACGUCCAGCAUUUACCCGUGCCUACCGGGCCAGAAGUCGUCCUCAUUAACGACAGUGACACAGACCCGGUCGCUGACCCGCUUGGUCUUCAUCUCUUACCGUCCAGUGUCACCCUGUUCCUGCGUAUUAAGGAGCAAUUAAGCAAUAACGUCUGCUUGCACGAUGACGUUCUUUGGUACGCGCUCUGGUCUGCGAUGCCAUCAGCGAGACAGCUCGCACACCGCAAGAUCAUCCUGGUUGACCCUCUGCUCCUCUCCAUCGACGCCUGGCAGCCUGAUGGGACGGGUCAACAACUUCCCCAUGUCCUUCUUGGGAAGCUCGAUCAGUGCACUAUAUACGCACCAGUUCACCAUCGGAAUAGCGGGCACUGGACCACUGUGCAGGUUACGGUAGGAGCUUCUCGUGUUACCGUCAAUCACUUCGACUCUUUGUACAGCGCCUUUCGCUCGCUCCGCGUAAAGAGAGUAUUCGACAGAUUGUUUAGAGAAGCUUGUCCAGGUCGCGAAAUCGAGUUUGUUGAAGCCGCCUGCCCACAACAGCUCGACUCGGUCAGCUGCGGUGUCUACGCCGUCGGUGUAAUUCGACGCCUCGUGGACCGCAAAUGCGUCCCUAGACACAUGAACCAAGAAGAAGAGCGCAAGAGUCUGCUCGCGAUGCUGCCCGACCAUCAAGCGCUAUGCAACACAUUCGACCGCGAGAGAGGAGCACGGCUUCAUUCUCGCAAGGGCCAACUAAGACUUAAAUCAAUCUCUUCGGUUUCGAGCGACUUCCGCUUCUCGGAUGAGGCAGCCCAAGACCGCGUCACCUUUUUGGCGGUCGGCAAGUCGUUAAAGGCUAUGGCACAGCAUGGCACACUCAUUAGGCUUGCCCCGACUAGUAUGGCACCUCACAACUCUCGGCUAAGCGCACACUCGCCAGCCCAGGCUCCAGACCUCGUGACUCAGAUGCGUAAACGCAAACGGUCGUCAUCUCCACCACACGAAGAGGAUGAACGUCCCACCAAGCACAGAGGUUUGACGGACUGGGCGCGCGAGGUCAGUAAACAGGCCAGUACAUUUGCCUGGUCUGAUGAUGUUCUUGAUGAGACGACCCGCAGGCUGCUGCGCACCAGGCACGAACAAGUGGCCUGUGAAGGAAGGCUCUCUGAGGCAAUUCGCAGAGUAGGCGAGGCUGAAACGGCUUUGGGGGAGAGUAACGAGAGAGCUGCCGCGGCCGAGUUUCUCGACGCUGUCCAGCACGCCGCAAGAGGGUCUGCGGAUCGUAUCAUACGACGCACCGGCAAUGGCUCGCUGUCGAAAAUCCUCGAAACCAUCAAUGCGAGCAUCGUCAUGCUGACAGCGGCUCUUGGGGGCCCUGGUGUGGCAACGUCUGGCAAGGCUCACGAGGAACUAGCCGGAGCCGAGAAAGCCCUUCAGGCUGCCACGGACAGCGUAACGGGAGAGAGGCAGGGCUUGCAGGUGAUUGCGGCGCGCAGGCAACAGGAUGAAGCGCUACUGCGGCAGCAAGAGGGGUUAAAGCUAGUGCGCGAUGGUCUUGCAAAGAUACAAUCAUGGUUUGAGUGA